GCGCAGUUUGAGACCGUAUUUCAAUGAAUGUGUAUAUAGUUUUGUCUUUCCUCGCCGUACUCGGCGUUUCCUCGGAUAGAGUAAAGCUACGUGUUGCUACUUGGAACCUGGACGGAUUAAAUGAUCCGGUCCCAAAUCUCGCCGCCUUACUCGGCAUCGAUAAAGCGGACUGCAAUACUUAUCCAGACAUGAUCUUCCUCGCCAUACAGGGAAUUACGAGAGAAAAAUUCAAUGGCAAUUGGAAAACAGCAGUAAACGACGCAUUGAAAAGCAAGCUUUACAGAUUGUACGGAUCGCUUCAGCAUCAAGACAUCGGUCAUUUCAUUGUUUGCCACGAAGAUCAUUUCAGCAAAUUUGCAGGUACAAGAAAGGACCUUUACACACCAUCCAAGGAUUCAAAGUCUAUCAUGGUGCACUCUUGUUUCGCUUGGUGCGAAAUGAAAUUCACCAUCAUCCAUGGCCAUGUGCCAAGCAGUGAGGACGACUCAACCUAUUACCAAACUUUGAAAGAAAAAAUUGACGCCAACAGUAAUUACAAUUACAAUUUCAUUCUCGGAGAUCUAAAAGAUUUCGUGAGCAAACUACCCUCGGAUGGAUGGGUCGAACAGACCGGCACCACACGGACUACAACACCUAAUCUAAGCCCACCUCAAGGGACGAACAGAGUUCUGUAUAAAUCGAAUCGUAAAGUCGAACUUCUGGCGUACGAAAAGGUUAAUAGUUACACCAGUUCAACUCAUCAACCAGUCAUGGCUGAAUAUUAUGUCCAUUUUAAUACUGAAAAACCUCCGCCAACGGAUUUUGGCGUGUAUAAACCAUAAAAUAAACAUUUAUUUUCAAUCAA